AGGCUCCUCAACGCACAAAGCUAGCAAAUUUCACGUCUGAAGAGGAUAUGAGGGUUUGUCAAGCUUGGUUGGCUGUGAGUUGUGAUCCCAUUGUCAACACUGGUCAGAAGCGUCAAGGAUUUUGGAAUCGGAUUACAGAGGCAUACAACUCUCGCAGAGGAUCAAUGCCAGAGAGGUCUACAAAAUCUCUCAUGAGCAGGUGGGACAGUAUCAAAACUCAAUGUUCUACAUUUGCUGGAUACAUGAUGGCUGUGCUUCGACAAAACCCAAGUGGCAUGACUGAUGCAGAUAAGACAUCUCUUGCGGCUACUCGGUUUGCUGCUGUUGAAAAGAAGCCCUUCCAUUUCUUACAUUGUUGGUCCAUAUUGAAGGAUCAACCAAAAUGGAUGGACCAGCACAUGGGUAACCAGAUUCCUCCACCGAACCCUAUUGGAACCCAAUCCAAUACUAUUGACUUAGAUGGUGGUGAAGACUCAGCUCCAUCAAGUUUUACUUCGAAGAGACCGCUUGGUCGUGAUUCAGCCAAGGAAAAGGCAAAGAAGCAAAGAUCAGAGAACACAUCAUCCACUGAUUCGGAGUACCUAACACGGAUGGGUGAGCUUUCUUUGGAACGGUUAUCUGUGUACAAAUCAGUAGCUUCAACUGAGGAGAAGAAGUUGGAGUUCAUGAAGAAACAGGAGAGGCAGAAACUCAUAUUGGAGAGGAAGAAGCUUAAUCUAGAGAAGAUGAAGAUGGAACGACAAAAGGUGAAGGAGGAGACGGAACAGGAGGUACUGAUAUUGAGCAUGGAUUUGACAAAAUGUAACCCCCUCCUUCGACAGUACUAUGAGGCGAAACAACAGGAGAUUCUGGCAAGGGUGACUGGAAGCUCGUCGUCAAGCAAGUGAAUGUUCAUGAAGACAUUGUAGUGUUUGAGGAAGUAAUGUUAGUUGUUUUCGAAAACAAGUUUAUUUACAGCACUUGUGCACUUGACAUUUUCCUGUUGUGUCAUGGUUUGGAGAACAAGU